AACCGCUCCUUUAUUAAAUAAACCCCUGUGCAUUUCCCGCCGAGGUGCCUAAGGGCUUGGCUUGCGAUUCCAUCGCCGCAGAUCGGUGACACUCCGAUGCAACGAGCUCUCUCCGUCGUCGACAGCGGCUCCGCUUAGGUCUCUCAUCAAAUGGCCGAGACUGACUCUUCGGACCAUGUCACGGCCGCCAGCACCGACGUCAACCGAGAUGACCUCCAGGCUCCGCCCUACGCGGACGAAUCGAUCGUCAUCUGCACUCUACCGGAAACGCCCUGCUCCUCCGCCUCCACUUCCUCACAAACGGGACGAACCCCAGAUCCGCCGAGCUGCAAAGGCUCCCAACCUUUUCCUGUGAGGAAGAAGAGAAUUGCAGUGUUUAGGAGGAGGGCGAAGGGUGCCAAGAUCAGAUAUUCAGAUUCCGACGAAGAAAAGCGGGAUGAUUUGUUGGGCAAAGAACGCCUCGAGGACCUCGAGGACAAAAGCGUAAACCCUAGCUCUGCUCCUGAUACUUCUGGUGGCCCUGGUGAUCGUAAGGACGGCGAUGGUUCUACUGAAUGUAUGGUGUCUUUGGAGCAGCAGCAAUUAGUUUUACUUGAUGUCGUGAAAAUGAUGUGCACAAAGACUAAUGAAAGGUUUGCGGACACGGAUAUUUUGGAGAUCGCUGCCAUGAAGGGAAUCUAUUUCCCUCCGCCAAGUUGGUGCAAGCCAGGAGGCAAUGGAGCCAAGGAACCUUAAAGAAUGGAGUACGCUAAUCGGAGAAGCAAACAAUGUCUAUAUCUUUUGUGCUUCAGGUCGCUAGCUAGUUACUCAUUUUUGGUUAUCCUGAUUGGUAAGGAGGAAUAUGGCACUAUUUCUGUAUGAAAUGCUAAUACUGGUGAUGAAAUUCUGUUUUAUAUUUAGAAAAAAGAUAGUGAUUAACAUAAAUUAAAUUUUCUACUGGUUACA